UUUAAUUUAAAACUAUUCACAUGCCUUCUGAUCAAUAAGAACAAAAGUUGUGUAGUUGUUAUUAUUUAAAUACAAUUAUUCAUCUUAACCAUGUCGAGAGUUUUUAUUUUGCUGUCCAUCGUUUUGGUCAGUAUUUAUCAAACUGAACAAGCACAUUUUCUCACCGACGAUUACAUUAAUCAAAUCAAUAACGAAGCAACAACAUGGAAGGCCGGUAAAAAUUUCCAUUCGGACACUCCCGUCGAGUACUUUAAAAGCAUGUUGGGAUCCAAAGGCGUUGGAUCAUCGUCGAACGGUCCGGUAAAGACCGCAGAUCCGAAUUAUGAAAAUAUCCAGUACAUUCCUCGAACGUUUGACGCGAGAAAAAAGUGGAAGAACUGUCAAACGGUCGGUCACAUCCGGGAUCAAGGACAGUGCGGCAGCUGUUGGGCACAUUCGACCACCAGCGCUUUUUCCGAUCGCUUAUGCAUAGCCACCGACGGAAAAUUCAACCAAUUGCUUUCGGUUGAUCAAUUGACCUUCUGUUGUUAUUAUUGCGGUUUUCAAUGUUUAGGCGGGUGGCCAAUCCAAGCCUGGAGGUACUUUAAACAUCACGGCAUUGUCACCGGAGGAGACUACGGAACCCACGAGGGUUGCAAACCAUACAGAGUACCGCCGUCUAAUGAUUACAAAAGAACAAGCAUCAUGGUCAGUACACAACCGGACCUAAUUGAUCCAGCCACAGUUACGGAGUCACCAGAAUUGUCCACAACGACAGAACAGGAACCAGAGGAAAAACACAGUUGCAAGCAUGAGUGUGACGGAGACACCAGCAUCAGUUACAAAGACAAUAUUUUCUAUACCCGAGACGCGUACCACCUUACACCUGCCAUGAUUCAAAAGGACGUGUUGGCUUACGGCCCAGUCGAAGCGUCAUUCAAAGUGUACGACGACUUCAUUAACUACAAAUCUGGCGUCUACGUGAAGACGGAAAACGCUACUUACAUGGGAGCAGGACAUUCCGUGAAAUUGAUCGGUUGGGGAGUCGAACGAGGAGUUCCUUACUGGUUAAUGGUUAACUCGUGGAAUUACCACUGGGGUGACUGGGGAACGUUCAAGAUCCGAAGAGGCACCAACGAGUGCGAAAUCGAAGACUCGGUGACAGGCGGUGUGCCUCUUACUUACUAAAAAAAAAUGUACACACUUCCUGUGAUCCGAAGUUAUACAACUUUUGUUGUAUUCUAAAUAUGUGGCAGU